UGCAGUCGAGUAUACUCAAUGUCUAACUUUGAUUUACUAAAGUUUUUGAAAUUAAAAGAGUUUAGGUGGCAUGUAUUGUCACAUAUUCACUAUGAUUCUGUUCACUUUAUCCAACGCCCAUGUGCAAAUACUAAACUGGAGUGAAAUGAAUCAUCGUGAAUUUGAAACACUGUUGAAAGAACAGUUUACUGAGAUGAGUAAAACAUUAAUUACAGAAAUUAAUCUACGAAGGAAUAGAAUCAACAGAAUUGACUGGGAUGCAUUCAAUGGAUUCGUCAACUUAACACAUUUGUAUUUAUCAAACAACAUGCUAAAGUAUUGGAACGUCAAUUUACCAGUAUUGCAAUUGCUUGAUAUAUCAAACAAUAAUUUCGUUACUUUUAAGGACAUAGAUUUGGAAGCAAUGCCUGCGUUGCAUACACUCCAACUGAACAACAAUCAGCUAGAAAACAUCAAUUGGAAUUUAACUUUAGGUAAUAUUACUGAGAUAGAUCUACGCAACAAUGUGAAUUUAACAAAAGUGCAAAUAUCAUCCGAAUCACUACAGGUUCUUUCAUUGAAAAAUACAAGUAUUCAGAAGAUAGAUUUAAAAGUGCCAAAAUUGCGGGAAUUAAAUUUAUGCCUUACGAGUUUUAAUAAAUUAGAAAUACUAAAUAACAUUUGUAAUUCUAGUGUGAGACUAGAAAAUUUGAGUAUCAUGUACACAGCUGAAGAUAAAAGCAAUAAACGUUUUGAGUGUCCAAUACAAGUUAUGGUACUCGUAGGUUGUCAGUAUAGUACACUUAGAAAAGGUUUUGAUGAUGUAGCUGUAUCAGCGAAAGAUUAUUUCAAAGUAAAAUGCUCAUUAUACGGAAUGCUAAUUGUAAGCAUACUUUUAUCAAUAUGUUUUGUAAUUAUAACUACGUUAUAUUUAAGAACUAAGACAGAAAGAUCAAAGACAGAAAUUUAUUAUGUGACGUAUAAUAAAAAACGUCUGAAGAUUACUAUUAAGAAGUAAAGUAAUGUUAAUAAUUGUGACCGUAAUAAACAUUUUAUUCUUAUA